AUGGAUUGGUUUCAUUGCAACCAGUGUUUCCGAAAGGAUGGGGCCCAUUUCUUUGUUACCAGCUGUGGCCAUAUUUUUUGUAAAAAGUGUAUGACUCUGGAAAAAUGUGCUGUUUGUGGAAGUCGUUGCAAGCAUCUGGCUCUUUCUGAUAAUUUAAAACCUCAAGAGAAGAAGUUCUUCAAAAGCCCCGUGGAGACAGCUUUGCAGUGUUUUAGUCACAUCUCUCAGGUAUGGCGUUUCCAGAAGAGACAAACAGAUCUUCUUAUCACUUUUUAUAAGGAUAGAAUUACAAAAUUAGAAGCAGCUGUGAAGGAGGCCCAGCAAACAAUGACUAGCCAAAACAAAGAGCUAUCAGUCUUGAGAAAGGAGAAUGGAGAACUGAAGAAACUUCUAGCCAUCCUAAAGGGAUCUCCAAGCAGCUACUACGGAAGCAGAUUAACCACACCUCGACCAGUGGGCAUUACUUCCCCAUCACAAUCAGUUGCUCCACGACCCAGUUCCCAGCAUAGCAGCCAAGUGGUCAGUCGCUCUUCUUCUAUGGAGUCCAUCCCUUAUACAGUGGCUGGCUUUGGUAAUGUGGAACAGGGACACAGAGGCCUGCGGGAAAGGAGCAUUUCCAGAGACUCUUACACUGAAACCCCUUCCCCAGGUUCAACUCAUAGCCUCUCCUACAGACCUUCACCUGCCUCCUCUGGACAGGGAGUUUCUUAUAGACCAUUCCUCAGUGGGGACUCAGGCCACACAAGAGUCCUCACUCCCAGCAAUUCUGGUCAGAGGGAGAGCAGAGCCACACCAGAGAAUCUUCCUGGUUUCCAUCUUCCGGCCUUACAGACAUUCUACCCACAGAGGCAGAUGGGAUUAGCCAGGAGAGAAGGAUGGAGCAUUUCCAGAUAG